UUGUGACUUCUCUUGUUGCGUACGUUGAAUUUUAUUUAUAAUGACUGGACGUGGAAAAGGUGGAAAAGGAUUGGGAAAAGGAGGUGCAAAAAGACAUCGAAAAGUACUUCGAGAUAAUAUUCAAGGAAUUACCAAACCUGCUAUUCGACGAUUAGCAAGAAGAGGUGGUGUUAAGAGAAUCAGUGGUUUAAUUUACGAAGAAACACGUGGAGUACUAAAAGUAUUUCUCGAAAAUGUUAUUCGAGAUGCAGUUACAUAUACUGAACAUGCUAAAAGGAAAACUGUAACAGCAAUGGAUGUAGUUUAUGCAUUAAAACGCCAAGGCAGAACAUUAUAUGGUUUCGGCGGAUAAACAAUAUCUUCUCAUUUAUUUAUACUUGUAUAUUUAGUAACUGCCUUUGUACCUUCACUAACUGCAUGUUUUGCAAGUUCUCCGGGCAAUAAAAGUCUCACAGCAGUUUGCACUUCUCUUGAUGUAAUAGUAGAUCAUUUCAAGAUGACUGGUCGUGGAAAGGGAGGAAAAGGAUUGGGAAAGGGAGGAGCAAAGCGUCAUAGAAAAGUACUUCGUGAUAACAUCCAAGGUAUCACAAAACCAGCAAUUCGUCGAUUAGCUCGUCGUGGCGGUGUUAAACGUAUAUCUGGUUUAAUUUAUGAAGAAACUCGCGGUGUUUUGAAAGUUUUCUUAGAAAAUGUUAUCCGCGAUGCAGUUACUUACACUGAACACGCCAAACGGAAAACUGUAACAGCUAUGGAUGUCGUAUAUGCUCUGAAAAGACAAGGACGUACUCUUUAUGGUUUUGGAGGUUAAAAUGGAAGAUCAUUGUUUUUAUCAACGAUCAGCAAAAACGGCCCUUCUCAGGGCCA